UCUCUAUGGCACAUCAAAUAGCGCAUAACUCCAUUGAAAUCUUGCAACUCUUUCUCUCACCCCACGCCUCCCCUCACGGCCCACACUUCUAUUGUAGAAACAGAGGAAGAGAUAUAUACACGUAUAGAUUCAUGCAUAAACCAUGGCGUCUGAUCAACCUCUAAAAAUGAUAAGCCAGUUAUUAUUACUAUCAGUUCCUGUAUUUUCAUUCAUAUUUUCCUACUCGUUAUGGUGUUCAUCUUUAGCGGAUUCUUCCAAAGUUUACUUCACAGCAUAUCCUAUUCAACUUGUGACCCAUGCAUUGAACAAAAACUGCAUUUUUCUCCUCUGCAAUGGGCUCCUAGUUUUCCUUGCAAAAACAUCGGGUUUGGUUCAUUCUCGCGCAGGGUUCGAUCUUAAUGACCUCUUACAGAAGAAGAUUGGCGAUGGCCUGCAAACGCUAUCUCUUGAUCACGAAAAAGAAUCUUCUUCCGUAGAAACCGUGCCAACAGCGAUGGAAGCUCUGGGACAUUCGGACAAUUGUGAGGGAGAAAGCAAAGAAGAAGAUCGUAAAGAAUUAGAAGAAUCAAAAUCAGAACCAGAAGAAGAAGAAGAAGAAGAAAUUUUAAACUUAAAUGCAGAACAAGAUUACACGAAAGAAGAAGGAACUUUGGACUUGAUUGCAUUUGAAGAACAAGAUUACAAGGAAGAAGAAGAAGAUGAUGAUGAUGCAGGAUGUGAGAGCACUGAAGAGAUGAACAAGAAAUUCGAAGAUUUCAUAAGAAGGAUGAAGGAAGAAAUUACAACUACUGCUUAAGUAAAUUAUCGAAAUAAUUCAAUAUAAAAUUUAAUCACCCUGUGAUCAUGAUCUUGUCGAUGGACUAUGUUAUCUUCUUUUUCCGUUUUAUUUUUUUAAAUAUUUUCUCCUUUUUCUUAGUGGAUGAGUGACUGCAUAGAGAUGUAAAAGCUCCUUGUAUCAUUUUGGAAACAAUAUAUAUAUAUUUAUACGUUA